GAAAAAAUUUCGCGUCCUUUUCCAGUAUCCAGACAGCAGCCUUACUGUUACGUUCAGUAUUCUAAAGCUUCAUAAUGAAGUUCAUUACCGUCUGUGUAAUUGUGUGCGCUUUAGCGCUUAAUUUGUAUCUAAACUGUGCAGAUAUUGCAGUACAGAGAGUUCAUUAUAAUAUUACUCAAUUUAUCGCGGAAGAACUCGAACGAGAAAAAGAGCAACCCUUCGAUCCUGCUACUUGGAACAGUAGCCUGCUUCAGCAAUAUGAUGCAUUGGCGAAUUCAAUCAAUGCAACGUGGCUGAAAUGCAACGAAAUAUUCUCUAAGCCAGAAUAUCAAGUCGACAUGUUUUCAAGUACAGCAGUUGGAACCAACACUCGUAAAUGUCUUGUAGACUGUACGCUGCGUUUGAUGGGAGUGGUCACGAAUGAUGACCUUGAUACUUCAGUUUAUAUUGACAUAAUCAAUCAACUUCGCGAUAAUUACACAUCAUUCGACAUAGCCGAUGAAGAUUGUUAUACUCUUGAUGAGGAUAAUCCCUGGAAACUGGAAGAAGUUUAUCCUGACAUGUGCCACAUACUCUUUGUGGCGAAUGCUGAUGCUGAACACUGUGUCAAUCUAAAGGAUCCUCAUGGCGACCUCUGUCAAUCGUCUUGGAUGAAGUUGAGUUGCUUGAUGCGAAGACACCGGCAGAAAUUCAAAAGAAGUCCAUUUUAUCCUAUUUUUGCGGAUACGAGUCGGUUGAGUCAAACGGGUCAGUCUCGGGGUUAGUUGAAUCAAGCGAUGCAGCAUUCGUUGUCAAGACCUUGACACAAAGAUCUACACUACACGGAACAUUUGCUGAUUUUAUCGAUGCCGUUGCGUCGUAUUUCAAUUAAAAAUUUGACUUUGUCACUGUGAUUUCGUGGCGAAUAAACGAUUUUCUUUUGCUGUCGCA